UGAAAAAGUCAUCUUGUGGUCAUUGUUGGCUUUUCUGUUUUAACUUCCCCAUUUCUUUGAAUUCACCACUGCUAAGAAAUAGGAAACACACCCAAAAAUUUCACAGCAAUGUUGAGACCUACUUCAUCUGAUUAACGCAUAUCACACCAUCUACAAGCUUGUCUAUAUCUCUGUUACAAUGAAGCUAAAUGGCCUGAUUCAGCUCACUCUCAUAUUGAUACUGGCCUAUUGUGCAGAAGCUAAGAAGAACUGGACCAUAAGUGUGAAUGAGUCCAUUACUGCUGUGAGAGGCUCCAGUGUGACCAUAAACUGUACGUUUCGCUGCCCGUCCGACCAGUGCAACGACAAAGUUAGUGUUUACUGGAAAAAGCGUCAGAGGAGUAGCAUCACAAUCUCUGACAAUGACAAAAAUGUAUUUAUCUUACAUGAGAAUAACUCAUAUGUGCUGGAGAAGUACAGAGGAAAGACAGAGCUGGUUCAACAUAAUAGCAAUAAAGAUUGCUCCCUGAAGAUCAACAAUGUCACAGAGGCUGAUCAAGGUCUCUACGUGAGGCUUAUCACAAAGACUGAAAAGUUCAGCUUCUAUGGAAAUGCUGUCUCUGUUUUUGUGAUUGAUAGAAAUGACACUUUAGUUGUUCCAACUGAUGAUACCCUGAAGACUUCAUCAUCAAUGUACAUAGCCAUCUUUGUACCAAUUGCUUUAAUUGUGAUCAUUGCUGUUAUCGCUGGAAUCUUCUUUUACAUCAAACACAGAAGGACACAACCCUUUACUCGGGAAGAAUCUGGAUAUUAUGCAAAUUUUAGCAGAGCAUCAUCGAAUGACCCAAAGAGUGAUGCAUCUUGCAAAAAAAAUGACAAGCUUCCUGAAGUGAAUGACAUCGAUGACCCUGUCUACAUCAAUGUUGUAAAGGGCCCAAUGGAUCAGAUGGCUCAAAGCAUGGAUCACACAUGCAAUAUAUAUGGAAAUGUAGAUUAUUCCAGAUAGAAGAAGAGCAGUAUGCCAAAAAUCAAAUCCUUCUGGAACUUACUCUUAAAUGUGUUCAUGUAUUUAUUGCAGGAUGUUUUUGAUGCAUGAGGACAGGACUACCACGGUCUAACAAGAAAUCUAAAGAUAUACUGUGAUUUUUUCAGACUGCCACAGCAGAGCUCAUAGUUUAAAGUUUCAUUAAUCCAAAAAGCCCUUCUGGCUGUGUUGCUAACGUUUUAUUGAAGUGCUGUUGGACUUAAAGCCUCACCAGUAGAGCCCCCCAGGGGAAAAAAGAGAAAAACUCUCUGUUAUGGUCAUUGUUAUGAAUUAACUUGAGUCUUUUAGUGGCCCAGUCAUUUCUCUGGGCAGGCGUUCUCACCAUUGUUGCAGAUAUAUACCGUCAGACCAAGAGCGUUUCAUACGCAGUGUUUAUCAAGGCUUAAGAUAUCCUGUUAAACUUCAUUAUCAAACCAGCGGAUGGAAUCAAAAUGAAAGCUUAUGCUUCAGUAAAGUGAUACAGUGUUAGCUUUUUAGUUUUAUGAACAGUACUUUGAUUAAAGCUCUCCGUAUCCAUGGAUCCACCAGAACAGCAGCUGGGGUUGUCAAGGCUGUUUUUCAAGGUUAGAGUGUGUUUACACUAAAUUCCUUUAUUGGUUUAAACAUGAUUUUAAAAGUUAGAUAGAAAUACUGAAACUUACAGAGGUACCUUCUUGAUUAAAGCUCCUGUCAGGAACUUUUAGGUUGUAUCAAUUUGGCGCCCCCCGUUGACAAAGUGUUACCUCUCAUCUCUGUCUGAUCUUCUCCUGUGCAUAUGAAGGUAGUGUUUUCUGACAAAAAAUACCAUCCUGAUUUUAUUUUAUGUGUAAAUGUAUUUUAAACCAUGAAAAUUUGCUGUGGAAAAGCUGUUCCUGUGUGUUGGAAAUGAUCAGUGUCUUACAGCUACCCCUUGCCAGUGGCCAGUUAUCAGAAAUUCGUAGAAAGAGCCAGUCAUAUCACUCAGUCAUAUCCUGAUGGAGUAGUUAGCUAGAGUGCCAGAGUCAAGCUCGACACAUGUUGACAAACACUUGUGUUGUUUGGUAGCCAAGGUCAAGCUUUAUGGCAUUUCUAUUGUCCAGGUCCUUUCAACCCUGCUAAUAUGCCUAAAAACCGCUGGGCCCAUGUGACAUCUGCAGCACAGCCAGGGAGCUCAUGGCAACCCUACUACCUACAUGGACUGUACCCUAGGCCAUGCUUACUUGCCAUAUUCACCCCUUACUCCGCCCUAAAGGUGUGGACUUUAUUAUUUUUUCAACAGAUUAUUUUCCCAUGGCCCCGCUAAUAUACAGAGACAUCAAGAGCAGAGACCAGGGUUGUGUCAGUGCUCUUUUCCGACCUCAGGUGGACUUACUAACCAUUACAAACCUUACUUCAGCCUCAGUUUUUGGCCCAAAUGUGCCUAAAAGUUCUGCACAGUACUGUAUGUAAGAUAGAAGUCAGAAGUUAAGGUUGAGCUCAAGAGUUCAUGACUCAGACCUGCAAUCAAAGUUCACCCAAACAAAGUUUAUUUGACAUAACCAUCAUGCUUCCUGUGUCAUAUUUUGGUUGCUGUAAAGAAAGAAUUCAGAACGUUGAUAAAUGAUGCAGGCAUCUCUGCUAAGGCUGGCUAUGUACUGGAAAAUUUGAAGCUCAAUUGUGGGCCAGAAUUCCCCAACCCCCCACAAUAAUUGAGAGGAUGUGAACUGUUUUCAAGAGUGUUGCAAACAAGUAUUUGUCCAAAUAUUUCUAAGUAUGUGGUGUCAAUACAUUUAUUUUACCACUUCUUAUUGGGUCGGAGCCUCCCCGCUCUGGAAUCUGUUUGUUAUCAAUUUUUCCAGGUCAGACUGCCUUAAACAAUCCAGCCAGCUGGUAACAUCGAUUGUCCUUCAUAAUUGUUUUACCUCUAAAGUCAAUAUUCAUGUUGUCUCGAUGACAUCUUAUGUCUGUGGAAUCUCCACCUUUAAAACAUUACUAACAACAACAGGUGUGUGGGGAUGCUUUGUCUAUCCAAAUCAUCUAGUUUGGCACUGAGAGGAUUAUAAGGUCUAAAAUCAGUUGAAACCGUCUUUAUGGUGAUGCGUAGCGAGUCUCAUGCAGCCAUAACUUGAUGUAAACCUGCCUUUAUUUAGCUGUUUGGUCUAUAUGGUGAUGUGAAUCCUACUGAAAUACAACAAUACUUUAAAAAUGCACAUUUAAGACCUCCUGAAUAUUUCCCAUUGUUUUUAAACCAUACAGCAGAAUUAGACACUAAGGAGGACACCAGCCACUCUUAGUUUUGUGUUUCAGCAAGAGUGCUGCAGGAAAUGACAUUAAGCGUUUAGCAAAUCAGUUUUGUAAGCUUUUGGUAACAUCCUAGUACUGGAGUUCUGUUUUCUGCAGAAUUAUUUCACGUAAUCUUAAACUAUUGAAAAGUUAAGGUAAGGAGCCAUUAUACUUGUGCCUUUUAUCAGCAAGUACCAUGUCAAGAGUAAAAACACUUAAAUUUUACUUUUCUUUUUCAGCAUAUUUGUAGAUUCACUUCCUGUUUCAGCAUGCCUCAGACUUAGAUUUAUUUCCUUCAUCAGAGUUAAGAAGUUGUGUUACAAUUAACUUAAAAACUGUAAAAUACAAAGAAAUAAAGGGUUAAACAUGA